AUGGGGAAGAAUAACGUUUUAGGUAAGCUGAGGAUGGUUCAUCUUGAACGGAAAUAUGUUGUUGACAUUGAUAAAAAUAUCGAUAUCACCAAGAUAACUCCAUCAACAAGAGUUGCUCUCCGUAAUGACAGUUAUGUGCUUCAUUUAAUCUUGCAAAGCAAAGUUGAUCCAUUGGCUGUGUGCACAGAAUCUGGGAUGUUUGCUCUGUGGGAGAGGAGGGUUGAUGUAACACAAAAAGAUUUUGAGAUGGUAGUGGCAAAGGUUCAUCUUGAACGGAAAUAUGUUGUUGACAUUGAUAAAAAUAUCGAUAUCUCCAAGAUAACUCCAUCAACAAGAGAUGCUCUCCGUAAUGACAGUUAUGUGCUUCAUUUAAUCUUGCAAAGCAACGUUGAUCCAGUGGUCAACCUCAUGAAAGUUGAAAAGGUUCCAGAUUCCACAUAUGACAUGAUUGGUGGUCUUGACCAGCAAAUUAAAGAGAUAAAGGAGGUUUGCCUCGUGUACCCUUUUACUUUCUGCAUUUAA